AUGUCGGAACGAGUUUGCUUGAAAGGCUCUUCUUGUUCUUCUCAUCAUCAUGUGGAACAGCAACCAAUAAGCAUUAUUGAAAAUAAUAUUAAACCCUCAAGCAACUCUACCAUUCGGAUUAAACUAUUCAAAUCGAUUGAAACACAUCAACGAGGAGUUUGUUGGCAUUAUCGGAAAAAGGGAUUUUGUAAUUUAGGAGAUAGAUGUAAAUAUUUACAUUUGAGGGAUGGAGAGGCAAGACCAAACACUCGAGUGGUGAUUCAAAACGAUCAACAUGAUUCAUCCUUGCAUAUUGAGGAGAAUAAGAAUAGUUUGCCAAAGAAGAAAGUUGAAAAUUGUGAAUCGGAUGAUCAAAAUAAUUCAGCAAGAAAUUCCACAACAACACAGUGCACACAAACCAUGAAUACUACAAAUUCCGCAUCCAUAUUGGACAACUCUCGGUGUACUAUCAAACUUUCGUAUUGGAUUUCAAGAGCAAAAGAAUUAAGAUAUCCUUCAUCUGUGCUUCGUUCAAGUUUUGAAGAGAAUGGUUUUUCCAUGAUUCCAAAUGCCGAUGAGAUGGGACAUUAUACAUCUGUAUUUUGGGGACACACGUUUCCACAUACGCAUGAUGACUGGAAACUAAUUAUUCCUUCCUACACCUAUUUCAAUCACUUUCCAAAUUCCCAUCAAUUGUCAAACAAGAGUUUAAUGGCUCUAAAUUUUCAGCUGGUGGAUGAACAAACUUCUCCACAUACCAUACAAUUCAAAUCUCCUUAUCUACCCGUGACGUUUUAUUUUCCAAGACAAAUUUCUCUAUUUCUCAAUUUUUUGAAGGUGUCACCCGAGGCCACUAAUUACAGAUGGAUUAUUAAACCAAUUGGAUCUGGAGAGGGAAGAGGAAUUAGAAUUCAUGCCAACGCUCAAGUAUUGCUCUCAGAAGAGUUUCCAACCAUACAUCCUUCAGAAAUUGCAGCCUGUAGCAUCAGUGAAGAAACCUUAAAUUCUAUCAAAAAGAAGAAAAUAGUCGUUUCUCAAUACAUUCCAAACCCACUAUUGCUUGAGGGGAAAAAGUUUGAUUUAAGAUUGUAUGUACUGGCUAUAGGAGGUGAACCGGAAAGAGUAUAUCUUUAUAGGGACGGCAUUGUAAGAUUAGCAAGCGAACCAUAUUCUAAUUCUGAAAAUACACUCAACAAUCCAUUCAUUCACAUUACAAAUAACACUGUGAAUGAUAAGAAGAACAAAGUUCAACACGAAACUAUUAAGAAAGAAUUUGGAUUUUUCUGUAAUUUGACGCUUCAAGAGUUGAAAGAACAUUUUUCAAAACAUGAUCUUGACUGGAACAUCUUUUGGUCCCGUCUCGCAGCGCUAGUUAAGGAAUCUAUUCAAUUAACAAUUUUUGACAAGAACAAACAAGACGAAGUCUAUCGUGCAUGUUCUCACAGAUGUUUUGAAAUUUUUGGAUUUGACGUUCUGAUAGACGAGAAUUUAAAUCCAUAUUUACUGGAAGUGAAUUCAAUGCCCGAUCUCUCUGGUGUGAGUCAUUCGAGUCACCUCACUCUGUCGAAGGACUUUACUGUAAAAUCAAAAAUGCUUGUUUCUGCAUUGAACCUCGUGGGUCUUCAGAUCUCGAACACCAAUGCAGACCUUGGCAUGGAUGAUGAAUAUUCCCUGUUCGAAGAAUACGAUGAACAGAGGUAUCGAGAUGACUUUGAGCGAAUCUAUUGA